AUGGCACAGCCCGAGGAUCAAGUGCUUAACGACCCACCGAUGGCGGUGCUUCCUUUGAAUUCGAGUUCGAAACUCGACCAAGAGCCCAACCCCUUUGAACAAAGCUUUUCCGGUGCUACGGCUACAACAAAGCCGGUGCUUCCACCUGUGUCAUCCAUCACUAGUCCCGCUCCAUUACAGCAUGAAGCCAAUACCUUGCGCACGGGCCCUCUUUCACCUUCUAUGCUAGCAGGUCCAAAUACGCAUUCAUCGCAUCAUCAUCAUCACCAUCAUCAUCGAGAAUCUUCAGAACAACAACAACAACAACAACAACAAUCAGCUCCAUCUACGACCACCACCACCACCACCACCGCCAAACGCACUACUAAAAAGAAAUCAGCUAAACAUAUCGAGGAUGAUGAGAAACGGAAAAACUUUUUGGAACGCAAUCGAAUAGCUGCACUGAAAUGUCGACAACGCAAAAAACAGUGGCUCAACAACCUGCAGUCCAAGGUGGAAUUACUGACCAAUGAGAAUGAACAACUCCAAACACAAGUGGAAUCAAUGCGUGAAGAGAUCGUGAAUCUAAAGACGUUGUUACUUGCACAUAAGGAUUGUCCAUUGGCACAACAAACGAAAAUGAUGGGUAAUGGCGGCGGCGGUGGCGGCGGUAAUCAUCAUCACCCACGAGCAACAGGUCCACCACCCUCAUCAACAGGCGUAACCAUGGCAGGCACAGGUGGUGUCUAUAACCCUCAUCAAAUGCCAACAUCUUUUGCUUCUCAACCACCCAACACAAUGAUGCCAGCAUCCACAGGUGUCAUACGAUUCUGA